AUGAUGGUAAGUACUGAGGGAAAGAAGUUUGUAAUUAUUGGCAGCGGUCCGACCGCUUUGGGUGCUGCCUAUAGACUCCACGAGCUUAUUCAUGAAGGUAGUCUACCUGAAUCCACACAGGUUACCGUACUCGAGAAGGAGAUUGAAGUAGGCGGUUUAGCCCGUUCAGUCACUGAUCGACGAGGCUUUACAUGGGAUCUUGGUGUACAUGUAACA